AUGCUGCUGCGGCGAGAGCAGCUCUCGCUGGCAAGUCCGUCACGAUCGAGCUGCCUCCUCGGCUGCGCGCUCGCCGCCCUGCUGGCCGUCGGGGCCGCCGGCCUCCAGUCGCCGCCCCCGGAGGAGCACGGCGAGGCCGGCGUGCACGUCGUGAAGCUGUGGCAGGAGAAGAGCCCCGUGUUCACCUCGAGCUCCACGAGCGCCAUCGCCUUCAGGGUCACGUACUUGGGCCGGGUGCGGAUCGGGAACCCUCCGCAGGAGUUCACGAUCAUGUUCGACACGGGCUCCGGGCAGGUCAUCGUGCCCGACUCGACGUGCCAGUCCAAGGCGUGCGCGAGGCACCUGCGCUUCGACGCCAGCGCCUCCAACACGUCGAAGUUGGCGCGCCCGCCCGCCGGCUCCGCCUCCCCAGGGCCUCCGGUGGAGGCGGAGAAGACGUAG